UACACAACCUAGUUUUAAGUGUCACUACAAUUACACAAUUACUAAAUAUAUUUAAAGAAAUUUACAGAACCACCAUUUCUUGACUUUCCUCCCAACAAGAUGGAUAAGAUAAUGGUUUGCCUCAUAGGAUCGGGAAGUUGGGCCACAACUAUUGCCCGCAAUGUGGGAAGAAAUGUGAUAAAUUCACAAACCAUUGAUGAAAGGGUCCUGAUGUAUGUUUACGAGGAAAUAGUGGAUGGUCGCAAGCUCACCGAAAUCAUAAAUACAACGCAUAUAAACCUCAAAUAUAUGCCGAACUUUGAAUUGCCGCCAAAUAUUGUUGCUGUCAAUGAUAUUGUGGCCACGGCUCGGGAUGCAGAUAUUAUAAUAUUUGCUAUUCCGCCGACUUUUGUCAGUAGCUGUUGCAAAACCUUGCUGGGCAAAGUUAAACCCACGGCUCAUGCCGUUUCCCUGAUCAAGGGUUUCGAGCGUGGAGAUGAUGGACAGUUUGUAUUGAUAUCUCAAAUUAUUAUGAAACAGUUGAAGAUUCCCUGCUCAGUGCUGGUGGGCUGUAACCUGGCCUAUGAGUUAGCCAACGAUCACUUUGCCGAGGGAACUGUGGGUUGCCGCGAUCAGAAAUAUUAUCGUGUGUUGCAUGAUAUUUUCAGGUCACCCACAUUCCGUGUGGUGGUCACCGAGGAUGCCGAUUGUGUGGAAAUAUGCUCCUCUUUGAGGAACAUAAUUGCUUUUGCCGCUGGCUGUUCGGAUGGCAUGGAGCUUAAUGAGAAUACAAAGGCUGGGAUUAUUAGGAGGGGAUUUCUGGAAAUGCUGCAAUUUGUUGAUGUCUUUUAUCCUGGCUGCCGUAUGGGCACAUUUUUUGAGUCCUGCGGCAUAUCCGAUUUGGUCACUAGUUGUUAUGCUAAUCGUAAUCGAAAGCUGGCCGAGGCAUUUGUAAAGACCGGCAAGCCGUUGAGUGAACUGGAGCAUAUCCUUAUACCAGGACAUGAGCCUCUGGGUCCUGUGACAGCCGAACUAGUCCAUCAUAUGCUUAAGAAAAAGGGUUUGGAGGAUAAAUUUCCGCUCUUUACCGCUGUGUACAAGAUCUGCAUUGGCGACUCUCCGUUGAGCCGUUUGGUGGAAACUCUAUUGAAGGCCCGCGAGGACAUCUUCCAUCCGAUGCACACAUUCCAGCUUUGAGGAGUUCCUUCUUUUAUUGAUUCUAGAAUAACAAUGAUUUCUUCUUCCUGAAACACAUUCUAGCAUUGGAAGAGACCUCUUAGAAUGCAUAAUGAGAUUUAAAUAAAACCAGAUUUCAAGCUAAAAUCAAACCGUACAGCACC